GAAAAUCGCUUGGAUUUGUUGUGAAGAUCUCUCAUUGUUGUUCGUCGUUUGCGUUUUGUGAAACUCAAAAUAUUUUCACAGACGCGUCCGCAUUCGUCAAAGUGUAUCUGACGCGCAAACAACGUGUAUCUUAUAAUUCUUUAAUAGAAUUAAAAAUUUCAAUAAGAUUUGCUAUUUUUAAUCCCAAUCAAAGAGACUGUACUGAAAUUUUCAUUUUUUUUUCAAACAAAACAAACAAACAAAAAAUUAAUAAAAACAAUGAAUAAUACAACAACAACAACAAAUUCCAUGGAGAUGUUACUUACUCUAAGUAACCCAGUUUUUGGUUCAUAUAUCUAUUGGAGCAGUAUUCUGGUGAUAAAAAUGCUCCUAAUGAGUUUGCUAACAGCUUUGCAAAGAUUCAGAUUUAAGAUUCUGGCUCUUCUCCCUCCAUUUAUUCGAAAAAAGGUAUUCAUUAGUCCAGAAGAUGAAGCUUUCACUCGCAAGGAAUUGGUCCAACCAAAUGAUCCACAUGUCGAUCGUGUUCGCAGGGCUCAUCGCAACGACAUGGAGAAUAUUUUGCCCUUCUUGACAAUGGGUCUGUUAUUCGUAUGCGUUGAUCCCAGCCCAACAUUGGCUAUGUGGCUUUUCCGCAUUGUAGCAGCUGCCAGAAUAUUGCAUACUUUGGUCUAUGCUUUCCGUCCAGUUCCACAACCAACAAGAGCCAUUAUGUUCUUUAUUGCAUUCUUAAUUACAAUGUUUAUGGCAUUGUAUGCUUCAUAUAAAACUCUUAAAUUUAUAUAAACAAAAUUCAUUUUGAUUUAUUCAUAUUUGUUGGGUACCGGAGUGCAUUUUAUUUUAUUUUACUUUUU